UAGAUGGAGAAUAUUUGUUUUAAUUUUAUUUUUAGUACUGAGGUUGUGUCUUCAUUUGUUCUGUGGACGGCCCAUUUGUUCUCUAGGCCUGUUUUUCCUUAUUGAUGUUAGAGCUCUUUACAACGUGAGGGCAGUGGAUGGCCGUCUGUGAGGUUUGUUCCAGACCAGCCCCUGCCCCGUCAGUGUGCUGUUGGCUUUGAUUGGUGAUGGGACUUCUCCAUGUAGACAGUUUAUGGGUUUUCUAAUCAGAUUUCUUGAUCUUUUUCUUAUGCCUUCUGGGUGGAGUAGCGGCCUUAGAAAACCUUCGGUGCUAAACAAACAUGCUCCAGAGAACCAGGGCUUGUGUGUGCAGCAUCUGCCUCUGAGAGUUGGUUCUGUGAAGAUGCUAGCAUCGUAUCUGAUUUUCCUUUUGUUUUCUGUUUUUACUUUGUUUUUGACACAUCUUCCUUCUUGGGGGGGGCGGGCGGUAAGAGGAGGAUCUAGAAAACCAUCUGAGCCCAAGCCCCCUCCCUCCCUCCUGGCUGGUUCUGGGUGGUGUUUUAAUGAGCCUGUUUUGCUGACAAUAAAAAAACAAGUCUGGGGACACGGUAAAACUGGUAAAACAAGAAAGGGAACGUUGGGCCGGGCUGGGGCUGCGUUCUGUGGGAAGGGAGGCUGGGAAGUCUGGAAGCUGCCGGCUCUGUGUCACGCUCUGUCCCCUCCGCCCGCAGCAGGGCCGCUGGAGGUCACACUGUGAGGAAGGCCGCGUGUGCGUGGGGAUGAACAUCAUCUUCCGGUUUUCCCGGCAGCCGCCGCCCCCCCCCCCCCUUUUGUGGAACUCACAGAUGGAAGCACUCGGGAAGGAGGGAGGGAGCCGUGGGACCAGCCUGGGCUCCGCCGUGUGACCCGGGCAGGUCACUUGGCUUUUCUGGGCUCGGCAGCCUUGGACGGCGCCGAAGGAAAGCACAAGACCAGAAUCUUCGGCGGGUCGUGUUGAGACAGGCGUGAGCACCUCCCGCUUGCACAGCACCUCUGGGCUGUGGCGAGAAGGACUGAGCCCAGCGCAGUGUGUGUGGUCGAGCUCAGCGUGAUGGCCGGUGCUUUCCAGCGAGGUCGAAGCCAGAAAAAGAGGAAAUGAGCGAUUCUGUGUGGCAUGCGGGGACGCCCGUUCUUGGGGAGUUCCGCUCCCUGGGCCCUGAUGUCACUGUCCACAGUCACAUCAGAGCUGAGAUUCGAACCCGGGACCGGCCGACUGUGGGGCACUGCACUGCUUCCCCCCCUCACAUGGCGCAUGUGCAGAUGCUCCCAAACCGACGUCCUGUGCACAUUUAUGUACAGAGAGGUGCCUCCCUGUCGGCCACUUCCUCUGGUCCCACAUGGAGUAAAAAUAUAGUGAAAGAAAGAAAGGAAGAAAAUCAGCAGGUAGCAGUACCAGUCGUGGCCCAGCCCGAGCACUCACGGUGCACAGGCGGCGCCCCCUCCCCCUCGCAGCCGCACUCGGGAGCCCCACUGGUGUUCUCAUCACAGACAGGGAGACUGAGGCCAAGCCCUGCCUCCCCGAUGCCUCGGCCACCUUGAUUGCCUGGGUGUUGGGAGCCGGGGCAUCAGGUCAGUCUGAACUGUGAGAAACUGGAUAGAGAAACCGCCCGGCAGGAACUACGCCCCUAGAUUCCCGUUUUCUACAAUCUGCUCGCCCAUUCAUGCCGCAGAGGCCGUCCAGGCACCCGCCGGGUCCAGCGCGGUGCCACCACCUGGGAUGAGCGGGCACGGAGGCGGCCCGGUCCCGGCCCUCUCACCGCGCAGGCCCAUAGGACACGUGGACGGAAAGCAGUUACGCGUGUAGCUGCUUCGCUGUGACACCCAAGUGGACUCGGAGAAAAAGCAGAAGGAAGAAGUAUGACUGUCAUGAGCAGGAAGACAUCCUGAUACUUUUUCCGACGUUUCAUGUAAACAUUUUUAACAUACAACAAAAGUGAAUGAAUUUUACAGUGAAGAUUCAUACACCUGCUGCCUGGAUUCUACCAUCACUGUCUUACCGUGCCUCACCCCCCACGGCCGGCCGGCCGGCCACCUGCUGUCUGAGGACACUGUGCAUUUCGAAGGGGAGGAUGGGAAGCCGUCGCUGGAGCUCAGAGCAGCCGCCCCUCUGGAAGGGCUGGGUCCCCGCGUAGCCGUCACACCGGCCUGGCCCCCGGAGGUUGGAAGUGGCCCCGGGCUGCACCGUCAAGAGGGGCCUCGUCGCUGGCGGAGGAGAUCUUGGCUCCCUGCAUUAUUGUUUACGUUUUUAUUGAUCCCAGAGAGGAAGGGAUGGAAACAUCGAUGAUGAGAGAGUCAUUGACCGGCUGCCUCCUGCACGCCCCCUACCGGGGAUUGAGCCUGCCACCCGGGCAUGAGCCCUGACUGGGAAUCGAACCGUUCCUAUGACCUUCUGGUUCAGAGGUCGACGCUCCCCCUCCGGCCGGGCUCCCUGGGUUUAUUCUUGAAGCCUGGGAUGCGUUGUCCUGUGGGAGCCAGCAGUAAGUGUCAGAGAGCACAUUCCCGGCCAGCGGGUCGCACGGCCUCCCCAGCUGCCUCUGCAGGAUGAGAGCCAAGGGCAGGAGUAGGCAGUCACCUCAUGGCAGCGCUUGGCAGGCCCGUCUAGGGGCCAGAGUGCCCAGAUUAGAUGCUCAGCCCCCUGCAGCCCAGCACCCGGGCAGCUCCCCGUGCCAUCCGGGCAGCUCCCCGUGCCAUCCGGGCAGCUCCUCGUGCCAUCCGGGCACCUCCUCGUGCCAUCCCGGCAGCUCCUCGUGCCAUCCGGGCAGCUCCUCGUGCCAUCCGGGCAGCUCCUCGUGCCAUCCGGGCAGCUCCUCGUGCCAUCCGGGCACCUCCUCGUGCCAUCCCGGCAGCUCCUCGUGCCAUCCGGGCAGCUCCCCGUGCCAUCCCGGCAGCUCCUCGUGCCAUCCCGGCAGCUCCCCGUGCCAUCCCGGCAGCUCCCCGUGCCAUCCGGGCAGCUCCUCGUGCCAUCCCGGCAGCUCCCCGUGCCAUCCGGGCAGCUCCUGGUGCCAUCUGGGCAGCUCCUCAUAUCAUCCGGGCAGCUCCUCGUGCCAUCCGGGCAGCUCCUCAUAUCAUCCGGGCAGCUCCUCAUGCCAUCCGGGCAGCUCCUCGUGCCAUCCGGGCAGCUCCCCGUGCCAUCCCGGCAGCUCCCCGUGCCAUCCGGGCAGCUCCCCGUGCCAUCCGGGCAGCUCCUGGUGCCAUCUGGGCAGCUCCUCAUAUCAUCCGGGCAGCUCCUCGUGCCAUCCGGGCAGCUCCUCAUAUCAUCCGGGCACCUCCUUGUGCCAUCCCGGCAGCUCCCUGUGCCAUCCCGGCAGCUCCUCGUGCCAUCCCGGCAGCUCCUCAUAUCAUCCCGGCAGCUCCUCAUAUCAUCCGGGCAGCUCCCUGUGCCAUCCCGGCAGCUCCUCGUGCCAUCCGGCAGCUCCCCGUGCCAUCCCGGCAGCUCCUCGUACCAUCCGGGCAGCGCCUCGUGCUCCUGGUGCCAUCCGGGCGGCUCCUCAUGCCAUCCGGGCAGCUCCAGCGUGGCUCGUGGAGGGAAAUUUGCUCCCACAGGCCCGAGAGACGGCCCGUCACCGAGGGGAGCGGGCUCACAGCUCAGCCUGGGGGUUCUGGCCCAGAGCCCGGUCCUGACGGGGCCUCAGGAAGGAGGAGAGUAGAGGUGUCGGGCGAGGCCGAGUGUGAGGUGGGACCUGGGAGCUUGCACGCACAGCUGGGUGACGCCUGUGGCAUUUGCUGGACCUGGGGCCUGACCCCAGUUACAAUCAAAGUCACAGAAAUGAUCAAAGUCCAUUCAUUGCGAGUGCACGCCCUGGGACUCUGCUAAGCAAUUCAACGCACGAUUUUUAAUCCCAGCAACAAGCCUGUGAAAUAAGUACGAUUACUGCCCCAUUGGCCACGUGAGGAGGCCGCGGCACGCAGGCGGGGAGACUUGCUCCCUGGGGAGUGGUCGGGCCAGGGGUCAAGCUUAGUGUGUCUGGAUCCCUCACCCGCCUUCUUUCCAAUUGCUAUGGAGUAUUUCACUUAUAGUGUCCAAUGCUGUUCCUUCAAUACACCUCUGUUUAAUA